AUGAUUGGCCAAAUCAGAGCGUCGACCAGAACCAUUGGACGGAGGUUCCUAUCUGAUGCUUCAGGUGCUGUGAAGCAACGGCCAAAGAAGCACUCGAAACUCGGUGUACUGGCGGGCUUUGUUGUUGGUACAGCUGGUGGGUUCUACUGGGCGUUGAACUCCACGCUUUCGAAUCCUCCAGAGUUCCUCUUCCCACUGUCGUCGUCUACAAGGCUUUGUGAUAUUCCUUCUCCUUGCUAUGCCACCAAGUGGGACUUUGAGCUGGCACUGGAGGAGCUGAGGGCCCACUUCCCGGAGGAUGCGAUUUCAAGUAGUGUGACUGAUAUUGAGAACCACACCACGAAUAACUAUACGCUUCAUGCUCCUGAGCCCAGUCAGAGGCCAAGAGUGGUGGUUUACCCGAGUAGCACCGACGAUGUGGUCAAGGUGAUGCAGAUUGCUCACGAGUACCGAGUUCCGGUGGUUCCAUACGGAGGAGGAACGUCUAUUGAGGGACAGUACGUUGCAACACGUAGGGGCAUCACACUAGACCUCUCGAGGAUGAACAACGUGAUAAGCUACAACAAGGACGAUAUGGAUAUCACUGUGCAGGCUGGUGUUGGCUGGCAAGACAUCAAUGAGCUUGUUGGUAGUGAUGGGCUCAUGUUAGGACCAGAUCCUGGCCCUGGUGCUACAUGUGCAGGCAUGGUUGCCUGCUCUUGUUCUGGUACGAAUGCGCAUCAUUACGGUACCAUGAAGGAGAACGUUGUUAACUUGAAAUUGGUGUUGCCGGAUGGACAAGUCAUCAAGACAAGACGUAGACCGAAAAAAAGCUCUAAUGGGUAUAACCUGACUGGCUUGCUCAUUGGCUCCGAGGGAACAUUGGGAAUCGUUACAGAGGUAACGGUGAAGCUCCAUGUAAAGCCCAAGUUUGAAACAGUUGCCGUUGUGCCAUUCAAAAGCAUCAACGAUGCCACUGUCGCUGUCACGAAACUGAUCCAAGAGGGGAUCCCGUUGAACGCUGUUGAACUGCUCGAUGAAAGAAUGAUGAAAGCAAUCAACUUUUCAGGACAAACAUCUAGAAAAUGGGAUGAGCAACCAACACUGUUCUUCAAGCUUGGCUCUGGUCAUAAGAAUAUCCUGAAUGAGAUCGUCAAAUCCGUGAAACAGGUGACUAAAGACACUGGUGGUCAAAGUUUCCAAGUGGCAAGAAACGAGCAGGAAUGUACAGAGCUUUGGAGCGCACGGAAAUCCAUCUUUUGGUCAUCCAUUGACUAUGGAAGAUCAGUCAUCUCUCCAGAUGUGAAGGUGUGGUCUACGGAUGUUGCAGUUCCAAUGUCAAACUUGUCGAGAAUGAUUGAAGAGACUGUAAAGGACUGCGAUGCAUCCGGUCUGUACACAACAAUCGUGGGCCACGUUGGCGAUGGUAACUUCCAUUGCCUGUUGAUGUACGAUUCCAAAGAUGAAAAACUCGCUAUGGAUUUAGCAGAUAGAAUGGUCACGAGAAGCUUGAAGUAUGACGGAACUUGUUCCGGUGAACAUGGCAUUGGUACCUCAAAGAGACACCAUCUGGUUCAGGAGUUGGGAGAGGAUACCAUCGACGUUAUGAGAAAGAUCAAAAUGGCAAUAGACCCUCUCAGAAUUAUGAAUCCAGAUAAGAUAUUCAAGAUUGAUCCUAAUGAUAGGGCAAAGUAA